GAGCCUCAUGCCUAUUUACAACAACACGAGAAAAAACCAACCAACUGUUCACCAAUUCCCUUAUUUGUUACUACUUCCGAACAUGCCCACACCACUCACAGACACACGCACCGAUGUUUUGGAUUUUUUCUCACACUCCGGAAAUUUCCGAUUCUCAACUUCUAUCGAGAACGACACAUUAACAUUUUCAUUUGUGCCAAUGUUCACCUUAUCCAACACUUCGUCACCAAGCUACUCUGCCUAUUCCCCUCAUUCUUCAUAUUCUCCUCUCCAGCAGGAAAGUCUUGCUGGACAGGACACCAUCACUGUGCCAGGACCAUCUCUUGUUUCUGUUGCCAACUCUGGCGCUGUUUUUGAGCGUGGGAACGAAACGCGUCCUGACGACAACGCCGACAACGACAACGACGAGCGCGGGAAUUUUAGCGCAGGUACCUUGGAUGGACACAUUGGUCCCUCAGCACUCUUUGACAGUCCACACUCCACUGUUUUCGAGUCCCAGGAAGAGAUCACUCAAACUCCACGCCGGCACACGUUUUACUCACUCGUCCUAUACUCGACGACGUCACUCCACCUCCAUAUACUACUCCCAUUACCCCUGUAAAUACUAUUUCUAGUGACGACGACGUACCUGCACUUAUCGAUUCGAAACCCACAUUUUCCAAUACACCUUUGUUUUCUCCUUCCCUUGCAGCACCUGCUGCUUUGCUCGAAGGAAUUUCACCACUCCAUGCACAUCAAUAUCUCGAAACC